GACGCGAUCACCAUCGACAUGUUCGACUGCUCCGCGGAGAUCGGCCGCGGCGCCUUCUCCACGGUGCACCUCGCGCGGAAGAUCGCCGAGCCCCACCGGGGCCGCCUCUUCGCGAUCAAGCGCGUGGACAAGAGCGGCGCGAACGUCGAGGCGCGCGCGAAGAAGGAGCGCCAGGUCCUCUCGCUCUGCCGGGGCAGCCCCUUCACGCUCCACUGCCGCUUCGCCUUCCAGGACGAGUCGAGCCGCUACAUCGUCACGGACUACUACGCGGGCGGCAGCCUCGAGGACCAGCUCUCGUGCGCGAAGAAUAGGUGCUUCGCGGAGAAGCGCGCGCGGUACCACGGCGUCGAGAUCCUGCUCGCGAUCAAGCACAUGCACGAGCAGGGCGUCUGCCACCGCGACGUGAAACUGGAGAACAUGCUCAUGCAGAGCGACGGCCACGUCGUCGUCGCGGACAUGGGCUUCGCGAAGACCAAGGUCGAGUUCUGCGAGGAGCGGCUCCGCACGUUCUGCGGCACGAUCGAGUGCGUCGCGCCGGAGCUGCUCCGGGGCCAGCCCUACGGCUUCAUGGUCGACUGGUGGGCCUUCGGCAUCCUCCUCUUCCAGAUGGUCGUCGGGAAGACGCCGUUCCACCACGAGAACCCGCGGCAGAUGUUCUCCUGGAUCCUGAAGAGCCCGCCGCCGACGAACGAGAAGCGCACGUCCAAGGCGCUGCUGGCGACCGUGACCCAAUUGCUGCGCAAGGAGGCGAAGACGCGGCUCGGCUACGGCAAGGCCGGCGCCGCCGACGUCAUGGCGAGCCCCCUCUUCCACGGCCUCUCCUUCUCGAAGAUGGCCAUCAAGGGCAUCGAGCCGCCCUUCAAGCCCAAGGUCGUCGAC